AUGAAUGAGGAUGUUGAUGCCAUAAAAUCAAGUUUGAUUUACAAAUUCUCGGGUGAAUUAGUAGUGUAUAAAAGUUAUGACACUAUGAUUGAUGAAUAUUGUGCCGUAUAUCCUACUGAAUUUCUAAACAAACUUUGCCCUGGUGGUAUGAGUCCUCAUGAGCUUGAGCUGAAAGUUAAUAGUCUUGUUAUUCUGUUAAGAAACCUUCUGUCAGCAUCUGUUUUGUGUAAUGGAAUAAGACUCAUAUGCAAGCAGUUUUUCCGUAAUCUCAUUGAGUGUGUUAUUGUUGUUGGACAUAAUAAAGGUCAGCACGUGUUGAUUCCAAGAAUAUCAUUACGUCCAUCAGAUUCAGAAGGCUACCUUUUUCAGUUUCAGAGAAAACAGUUUCCUUUGAAACUUAGUUUUGCAAUGACAAUCAAUAAAGCUCAAGGACAAACACUUAGUCAAGUUGUGGCUUUUUUACCGCGAUCCUGUUUUUCACAUGGACAAUUAUAUGUUGCACUUUCUCCAACUUGUAAAUCAGCUAAUGUCAGUGUAAUAACUGAAGCUAGCACUAAGCAACGGAAGGCGACAGAAGUGAAGAAUAUAGUAUCUUAUGAUAUUCUUGGUUUGGCAGGAAUCAUUUAG